CUGAAGUCAUAUGAUACCGAUCCUUACAGUGUCCAGAGGACUGGGUUUGAGUGCUUAUAGCCGGUGCUGGGUCCGAACACAGCCCGUGUGGCAGGCUGUUUGAGAGAGCUUGAGAUCGAUAAUAAUGGCGCGCUCGUGGAUGGGCAUGCUGGCUGUGCUGCUUGCUGUGAGUUUUUAUAAAGGUAGUUGUGUUCCAGUUCAAGCCAAAGAGUCAUGGGGAUAUGUGGAUGUCCGUGAUGGAGCUCAUAUGUUCUGGUGGCUCUAUUAUGCCAAUAGCUCCAGUGCCAGUUAUAAAGAUCUACCUCUGGUUAUGUGGCUGCAGGGAGGUCCUGGCGGAUCUAGCUGUGGUUUUGGCAAUUUUGAGGAAAUUGGACCUCUUGACAGAGACCUCAAGCCGAGAGAAACCUCUUGGGUGCGUGCUGCCAGUGUGCUAUUUGUGGAUAACCCAGUGGGCACCGGAUACAGUUACACAGACACUGAAGAUGCCCUCACCAAGGACGUUGCAAUGGUGGCAUCAGACAUGAUGGUCCUACUCAAGAGCUUUUUCUCUCUAAAGACAGAGUUUCAAAGUACUCCCUUCUAUAUAUUUUCUGAGUCUUAUGGAGGCAAAAUGGCAGCAGCUAUUUCCCUCGAACUCACAAAGGCUGUUCAAGCUGGUUCAAUCAAAUGCAAAUUUGCUGGGGUGGCUUUGGGAGAUUCCUGGAUCUCUCCUAUAGAUUCAGUCAUGACAUGGGGUCCUUAUCUUUACAGCACAUCUCUGUUGGAUGACAAUGGACUGGACGAGGUGACUAAAGCAGCAAAGGCAGUGCUGGAGGCAGUGAGACAGGGCCAGUACCAAAAAGCCACAGACUUGUGGUCCAUCACAGAGAAUGUAGUGGAACAGAACACAAAUGGUGUGAACUUCUAUAACAUCCUCACACAAAACUCAGAUGAGAUGGUGAAGACCAGUUCAGAUCAAACCAAUGGAUUUCUCUCCUCACUGAAGCGUCGCCACAUUCGCCCUUUGCACCGUCAGUCCCUUUCAGAGUUGAUGAAUGGGCCAAUCAGACAGAAGCUUGGUGUCAUACCAAAGAAUGUCACAUGGGGAGGACAAGCUGAAGCAGUGUUUGAAAGCAUGGCAGGAGAUUUCAUGAAGCCUGUGGUGGACAUUGUAGAUCAGCUUUUGGCUGCAGGAGUCAAUGUUACCGUCUACAAUGGCCAGCUGGAUCUCAUUGUGGACACAAUGGGUCAGGAGUUGUGGGUGAAACAGCUGAAAUGGGAUGGACUCCAAUACUUCAACAAAGUGAAAUGGACGGCAUUGGAGGACCCACAAACACAGAGCCAGACUGGAGCUUUCUAUAAGACCUACAAGAACUUUGCCUUCUACUGGAUCCUCAAAGCUGGACACAUGAUCCCAUCUGACCAGGGGCCAAUGGCUCUGCGGAUGUUGAAGAUGGUGACUCAGCAGGAGUGAUGGAUCUUAUUCAGAUACAAACUGGAAUGGCUUGCUAACCACUUUUAGACAAUCAACACACAAAAAUUUUACCAAAAUCUGACACUUUUUUUUUUUUUUACCUUUUUGUUGAGAUUGAGAUUAUUCAUGUAAUAAAAUUUUUUUCAAUGCCUGUGUCUUGUAAAAUUUGUAAAUUUGAAUGCCUGCAAACAAUAAAGUCAUAAUUUUUUAUACAGUUUGAAUUGUUGCCUGAAAUCUUCUUUUGCUCAUAGAGAACUAAAAUAGUUUUUAUUUACUUUUUCUCAAACAACAUUACAUUACAAGAGAACUAACUUUAAAGUUGUUUAACAUUCCCAUUUAUUGAAGUGAAGUGACAUGUGGCCAAGUAUGGUGACCCAUACUCAGAAUUAGUGCUCUGCAUUUAUC